CAUGACAAUCGUUACAAAAAUUGUAUUGGCUGAUGAUAAAUCAAUUAUUGUGCGUGGUAAUAAUGCAACCGAAUGGCAUUCUAUACGAUAUCCAUACAAAUCUGUCUAUGGUCUAUCCAAAAGAUUAAAAUGUGAUGGAUCGAUUCAUGAACGAUUUCAUGAAUGUGAACGAUCAGCACACCAUGCAUGGAUAAUCACCAUUAAUGAUUAUUUUUAUGAAUCAAAAAAGUUUUGCUGCUUCAUCUGGCAAACACUUGAUUGUGAAAUUGAUGUUGUUGGAGAAUGUGAUAAAGAAUAUUCUAAGAAACUCGAAACCAGCACCGAACAAUCAUACAAAUCAAUGUGUGAUCGAAUUGGUUCAGCUCGGGGGUCAACAUCAUGUUGGUUGACACAAGAUAGACAAGAAACAAUUUCUUGGAUAGUCGGAAUCAUAAUUUUUAUCUUAACGUUGGUCUGUGCAUGUUUGGGAAUUCGAAGUUAUCUUAAUAAGAUUAAUGCUGCAAAGUAGGUGCUAUUGAAUUUUUUUUUUGAUCAGAAAAUUUCAAUUAAUUCAUUUAUACGAUUCUAUAGACCUAAAUUAGAAAUUAGCGAA